AUGUUAAAGCCUGGAGAAUCUUGUUUCGGGUACGGUGACCGCGAUGAUGGCAACGCGACUUCCACGUAUGCGUCCAACUCACGGAUUCCCAUAAGCGUAGAGACUUUCAUUGAUGGCCUGCCUCCACUUACGAACGUAACCGUCUCCGUAUCGCCUCAGACAUCUGGGACAGCUGGUGCGACGUCCGCGCCAUCUUCCAUAGCGUCUACUUCGACUUUAAACACGGGUCAACCAAGCGCGCCUUCCGAGAAGAGCGCCGCUGGCCGAAUCCGGCCAGCUUUUGCAAAAAUUUGCAUGCAUUUUGAGAUUCUCCACGACAUGAUUUUGACCGUCGUUGCUGAGUUCCAUCCUCUACUGAACAACUAUGCUUCUACUCGCAGUACCGCUCGCGCUGCUUACAUGAACUCGGAACCUCACACUGCCUCUUGGGGUGGCCUUAUCGUGCUAAUGUCUUAG